AUGGCGCGCAUCACCGACAGCAACCGUGCUGCGACUCGUUGGACCAUACGGAUCAUCCCCGUAUUCAUCAUCGCCGUCUUUGGCCUCGCCAUUUACGCCGUCGUCUACCGAUUGCUCGUCCAGUACCUGUACCGGGAAAAGGGUCAAUCCGCCAUCGUCGCCGCCCUGCUCUUCCUCUUCUUCCUCUUCUUCCUCCUGACCCUAGCGGCGUACCUGCGGACUCUCUUCACCAUCCAACUCGACCCCGGGCUCGUCCCCCUACUCGACGAAGGCGAGCCAAACGAAAAGGGAAAAAGAAAAGGACAGGGAAAAGGGAGGCGUUGGAGGAGGUCUCGCGACGACGCGGAAGCCGCCUGGGUCCCACCCGAUCCGAGCCUCGACAGCCCCGGCCUCGAGCAAUUCUAUAGCAAGGAUGUCUUCGUCUGCGAGGCCGAUGGCCGUCCCAAGUGGUGCUCCGACUGCGCCCAGUGGAAACCCGAUCGGGCCCAUCACUCGAGCGAACUCGGCCGCUGCGUCCGCAAGAUGGAUCACCUGUGCCCCUGGGUCGGCGGCAUGGUCUCGGAGACGUCCUUCAACUUCUUCAGCCAGUUCGUCUUCUACACGACCUGCCUCUGCGCCGUCAGCGUGGCCACGGCCGCCUACUGUCUCCAGCAGCAGAUCGACGACGGCCGCACGACGCCCGACGGCUGGGUCGUCGCCGUCCUCGUCAUCGCCGCCUUCUUUGGACUCUUCACCUUCGCCAUGGUCCUCACCUCGGCCCGAUACGUCGUCACCAACAUGACCAACAUUGACGUUCUCCGCCGACGCCACACCUUGCACCUCGCCCUGCGCAUCCCUCGAGAUACACCCCUGACCGACGCGUAUGCCACCAUCGUCUACCCGCUGCAGCCGACGCCGCAGGCCGCCGACGGCGCCGCCACGGAUGGGCUAGAGCCGUCGUCGAGAGACCGGCAGGCCACCCGCCUGUUCGCCAUCGUACCGGCCGAACCGAGAGAGAAUCCGUGGGACCUGGGAUUCUGGCGCAACUGGAAAUCCGUCAUGGGCAGCAACGUCCUCGAGUGGCUGCUGCCCAUGAAGCACUCCCCCUGCUGCGACCACGAUGGGAUGGAGAGCGACUACGAGCUCGGCCGCCUGCUUCCAGCCCUGAGGGCGCGAUACGCCGUCCCCGAUCUUCCUGCUGACGGGCCGCGACCGAGCGAGACGGCGGAGCCCGGAUCGGGGCAAUAG